AGACUAACAGAUGUUUAUAUGCUUUACUAUGGUUUGACAGAUAGAAAGCGAGAGUUCAAGAAUCCCGACAUUGAAAUAACUAAUCACUUGUCAUAUGAUUUAUUAAUUUAUUGAAAGGUUUUACACAUUAUUUUAAUUGAAAGUCAAGUGCAAUGCUGUCAAGAUUUUAAUAAAACACUCAAAUGCUUAAUAAUAUGGUCGACGAAUCUCUUGUGCCGAUCCUAUCGGUCGGCAAUGAGUAUGAGACUCCUUCCGUAUCGACCAGACUUUCGGCAACUAUUAAUAGUAAUGACUUGAAUGAUACCCAAAGUGGUGGUCAAUCAUCUGUAAGAACAACAACAACCUGUUUGGCCGCUAUAUUCCUUACGGUCAACGCAACCCUUGGCGCCGGACUACUCAAUAUUCCGCACGCUUUUAACGAUUCCGGAGGAAUAUUGUGUUCACUUGUUAUUCAAACAAUUUUUCUUAUAUUCAUAAUCGGAUCGUUAAUAUUGCUGUCGCAUUGCGCCGACAUAUCACAGGCCACAUCAUUACAAGACAUUGUUUUAGCAUUUUGUGGUUAUAAAUGCCAACAGUUUUGUUCAAUUAUAAUAAUACUCUAUUCAUACGGUGCUUGCAUUACGUUUGUCAUUAUAAUUGGUGAUCAAUUUGAUAGAAUUUUUCUCUCACUAUAUGGUAUUAAUUUUACUAAUCAUUGGUAUUUGAAUCGCAACUUUACAAUGAGUAUUACGUGUGUCUUAUUCAUAAUACCAUUAAGUUUUUCAAAACAGAUCUCAUUUCUCAAGAACGCCAGCCUUUUAGGCUUUAGCACAACAUUUUACUUAAUAUUUUUAGUGAUUUACCAAUAUUUGAAAAGUGAUGAUCAAAUGGUUUGGGUCAAGACUCGACCCAAUACAUGGACUGAAAUAUUUUAUAUAACACCAGUUCUCAGCUUCUCAUAUCAGUGCCAAUUAAGUUGGGUUCCAACUUAUGCCGGAAUGAAACACAGAGUUGGUUCAGUUAAGGUGAUCCUAACUAUUAUCGCAUCCCUCGUCAUCUGUUAUGUCUCAUACACGUUGACCGCUAUAUUCGGUUUGUUGACCUUUGGAUCAGAUUAUAUCGAGAAUGACCUGAUGUCCAACUAUGAUGCCAACAAUUGGAUAGUUUUAAUUGCAAUCUUAACAUUGAUUGCUAAGACAAUAACAGUUUAUCCGUUAUUAUUAUUUUGCGGAAGAGUUGCUGUCGAAGAUUUCAUUCAAAUGAUAAGCCAAAGAAUCAAUCGGACUGCGACUUUGUGUACCAAUUGGUCACACUUUGAACCCUAUCGACGAUCUAUUAUAGUGUUGACAUGGAUUAUGUCAACAAUAGUGAUGGCCAUCAAUGUGCCGAACAUAACGAUUGCAAUUCAAUUUUUAGGAUCUUUUGCCACAAUCUUUGUGUUCAUAUUUCCUGCAAUUUGUUUUUUGAAAGCCGUUCUCAUUAAAGAUAAAUAUCUUUAUUUAAUUAAAGAUAAAUUUUAUGCAUUUAUUGCAUCGAUUUAUAUUAUUAUCGGUGUCUUUAUAUUAGGACUUACAGUAACCGCAACUAUCGAUAAAUAUUUAUUGAAAUUAUAA